AUGUUUGCUGCCAGACGCUCAGCUGCGCCCAUGAGGCAGCUGCUGUGCCAGCAACCUCGCCGCUUCGAGUCCCAUGCCGCACAUGACCACCAUCAUCACGGGCCGGUGAACGAAAGCUUUGGACCCAGCUUCUACGUCGCCGUCUCAACGUUCGCCGCCGGCUUCGUCCUUUACCACGUCACCAAGUCCUCCGAGGAGUCGUGGAUUUCCCGCCUCAUCAACAAAUAUGCGCCUGACCAGAAAGUCUUUGAAGAGCGCAAUGCUAUCCGCACCGUCGCUUUAGAGAAGGCUGCUGCUGACCGCCAUCUGUUUGUCGGAGCGACUCGUCAGGAUUAUGUCGAAUUGAGGACUUCCGAGGUCUUUAACGCUGGCUCGCCCUUCAAUGUCUCUCCCGGCUCGCAGGCCGAUCUCUCCAACGUGGCCGCUUACUAUAAGAAACAACACCAAGACCUCGAGCGGGACCGGCUCGCUCGGCUGAAGGAUGGAAAGGUGGUCGGUGUAUACGAUUAG